AUGGAGGAGAGAGAGUCCCUGGUAGGCCUUCGUGGCUUGUACCAAGAUCUUUCUGCUCUUUCGGACUCGUCGUUGGUAAACAUUGACCGGCUCCGCGUUGAGCUGGAGACGCACAUCGACGACUUCAGGAAGCUGUUGGACAAGCCUGCAAAGAACAAUGCUAGUCGACAGGCCGUUAUGUCGGGGAAGAUCACUCUCGACGACGUGGAAUACUCCGUCAACCAAGAGUUCCAACAAGGAGUACUCGAAUUGGCCGAUUCUAUCAAUAUCGAUGAGUUACAAGCGGCGAAGAUGUUCCUGGUGGCCCAAGAGGAGGCUCAACUGUUGGACAGACCCCCUCUGAUCGCUGCGAUUAUGCGAUUCCACGAGCGUCGACUAUUUUUGCUGGAAGCAUUGCGCCUCGUUUUCCAGGAAUCAUCGUUUGAAGUGGAAAAGGAAAUGACUCAGGAGCUUAUGCAAGAAGUGGUGGCCCAUGUUCUCGAGAUCAAAGGCGCUCCUUUACGAAAUGCCUCUCUUUACGCAAGGAAGGUCAUGAGCUCGAUGGAAGAUAUUGAGAAAACACUUAUUCUUCUCGGUGAGCAGAUUCAAAAGGCGUCGAUCGUUGGUCAGGCCGGGGAUCCUGAUGUCAUGGAGGCCAUUGAAUACCAACGGAACAGCUUACAGCAACAACACGAAUCGCUUGGCGCCAUUUUAUGCUACAUGUUCAAAGGCCCUUACACGAGUCCCGAAGAAAUCCGACAUCUUUUGAAUCGCUUAAGAAAGCUGGACCGGUUUGAUGGGCUGCUAGUUCAUUACGUUCCUUCCAUAAUCUCGUCCUUCGUCAAACAUGGUUCUCCCGAGAGUGCUGCUUCGUAUAAGGAGGCAAGAAGCCUACACACAGCAAUCACCGCUUCUAGCAAAGAUGGCCAGGUUUGGAUUCUCCCGGCUUUCCAUUCCGCUGUCAUCGCCUUGUGGCUCGCUGUGUACAGUGGAUGGGAUUAUGAUGGGCCAUCGUCUCCGCUGCCAGGGGUGGACCUCGAGAAGGAGGCGCAAGAACGUACGAAAAUGUUUAUGACGGCACUGGAUGACGGAGGAUUAGACUUCAUUCUUGCUGUUUGCGCUGGGGUAAACAACGAAGAGCAGGGGGAUCCAGCCCGGGGUGAAUUGGUGGCACUGUUGCUGAAGGAGAGCACCGCAGCAAUGCCUGAGUCUGACUCAUGCUCGGAAUAUCUAAAGAAAUUACUGAUGGAGAAUCUGGAGGUAUUCGUCGAGUCGUGUAUCGCGAACAUGCCCGACGCUGUUCGUAUGCUGAAGACCGAAGAGGACACGCAGCGGCUGGACCAAAUCACCGCUCUUCGAGAUGGCUUGACAUCGAGCCUGCAUCGUGGACUGGUGGAAGCUCGCACCCAUCUCGAGUCAUUCCUGAUGGUGAUGGCUUUUGCGUUUGAUAAUCGAGCAGAUGCAGCACAGGAGUUCUGGGCUGAUCCAGAUGGUAAUCUUUACGGUUUCCUCCAGUGGGCUUCAAAAAGGCAAACGGUCCCUCGCGUAAGCGCCUUCUGCGAGCUACUCUGCUCCAUAGCUGGCGGAGAGGAGAAUGCCAUUGCUGCACAUAGAUUUUUGUCUGAAGAGGACAAGUUCAUGUCUGGCAAGUUCCGGCGCCCAACUUCUAUGAACUGGUCCCAGAUGUUUGCCGAGCUUCAGCUCUAUGCGUCUCGCGUAAUUGAGAAACCACCAACCACAUCACAGGCUAUCUUACGUGCGAGGAAACCAGAAUCAGCCGACAUGAGCGAGCCAGAAAGCCCAGUAAUGCUGACAUGCUAUCUCAGAUUAAUGGGUCACUUGAGCCAACAAAGUGCUACUAUAAGAGAGUGGAUGCUGCAUCACCCGUCGUUUAACCUGGUCAGUACCUUGCUGACAUUGUGCAGUGGGCCGAUACCCACUCACCUGAGAGCCACCACCUUCAAAACUCUUGCAGCAUUGAUGACAGACAGGUCGACUAUAAACGGACAUGAAAUGUGGCUUUCGCUUGAUCAGUGGAUCUCUGGUGGAUCAAUGGGCGCAUCAGGCCUCAGCAAAGCUCCGAUGGUCUCGAACCCUCUCGUGUGGCAUGAGCAGCAAGCGUUCCAGAAGAUCAGUGAGAGCUUCAAUCAAGCCAAUGCGUUUGUUGGUCUGAUCCACACUCUUGUAUCCCCGAUUAUCGAUACUUCCGGAAACCCUUUGUCGCUAUCGUUCCCCGAAUCACUAGGGUCUUCCUAUCGCAUGCCGGGAAUCGAACCCUAUGUCGAUUUUGUUCUGGGUCAAGCCUUAUCCAAAAAAGUACCGGACCUCAAUGAACAGCAAGCCCGUUUGUUGACCUACAAUUGCCUGGACUUUGCUUUAGCUUGCCUGAGGAGCUUUAACGAAAACCUCGUUACAGUGCUCAGUCAACCCACAGUGGCCUCAGACUCUACACUCAAGACAUCAUCUUUGGUUACCUAUAUUCGCCUUCAUCCCUUCGCGCGGGUGGCUGAAUGGCUGUUCAACGAAGAAGUUCUCAAAGCUCUUUUUGCCACCGCCCACCAAGACAUAAUGGAGGUCUCCAGAGCACCAUCCGAAUCCACAUUGGUGUUGGGUCUGCUUAGGAGUCUUGAGGUUAUGGAUGAGAUGAUGGAACUCCAGUCGACCUAUCUCAAUAUUGUCCGACCAUUAAUCAGAUCCCAGGCUGGGGGUAGCAGAGUUAACGUAGCAAACUCGGCUCUUUCCUCGUUCGAGGACAGCAUUUUGAACAACCUGACUAUCGUACCUGCUUUGUGCCUUUACUGCGGAACUGGUCACGAGCAGCUUACCGUGACGUCGAUGGGGUUGUUGGAAAAACUGUCAAGCUCAAAGAGACUCAACAAAUUAUCGUCUCCCGAACUGUCCAAAUGGCGCCCCUCAAAUAAGAUUGUCGAAGUCCUGAGCGCCGAGGUGGAUGUCGACAGUGUGUCUCGUCCGCUUGUAACGCACAUGCAGCCUGAGUUAAGGGAGUUAGAAUCUGGUUCGCAGUCUUCAGGAUAUGUUAUCCGGGAGGGCUUACUUGCGCUGCUGAAUACGUGUCUCGGAAUGAUCACGGACCGCCCAACAGUCGCUCAUCUUCUGCUUGGUUUUAAUAGCGUUGGCAACAUGCUUGAUGUGGCUCCGGACGGUCUCUUUGCGAACCAGAUGUCCCUCUUACACGCCGUUAUUGGUUUCUUGGAAAGUAAUCCCGAUGAGGUGGACGGGAACAUUCUGCCCUGGAUGGUGCAUCUCAAGCGCAUGGCGUUUGAGGUAUUGAAGCAUCUGUGGUCUUCCAAACUUGCAUCUUUCUUCACGCUUUCCGAAAUGCGCUCGAAUCAAUUCCUUGUAAACAUGUUUGCAAGCCAGCCCAUUAUUGGAACGAACACGAUGUGGAACGGGUUCCUGAUCGUCACGGAGGAAUUCUGGCUUUCUGAUUCAGCUUCUGCUUUAGCGGAGUUUUUGUUGUAUCGGAGUUUUCUAUAUAAUUAUGCUGCCACUGAAAUUCGGUCAGCUGCGAAACUCGGUUCGUCAACUCUCCAAACCGAAAUUUUAUCGACGCUUCUGGGAACCUCACGGGUGGAGACUGGUGAAACUGUUUCCCAUCCGACUGUGUUCGAUCUCUUUGAUUUUGCAGACCUGGAUAUCGCGCAUCAACUACUGCCACCCAAGCUUGUUUUUCUCGAUGCUUUAGACCUCGAAGUCUGUGCUAAGCCGCAAGCGGAUGAGUCUCUUGUCCUCUACGAUGUGGAUGAUGUAGAGGAGCUUAUUCAAGUAAGAAAGGAAGACUUGUUGGACAAUGGCCAGUUGCGGCCUCAAGACGAGGAGCUUUUCCUGGUCGAAGCUGGGGAUGUGAUAUUAUUCGUUCAGUCGACGAACCGAAACAGGCAGAUCAGUUAUAACCGCUAUCUCGCACUUCGGUCGUGGGCCGAACUAAUCACGACUAUGGUCAAUUGCUCUGACAUUGACGGUGGGCGCAGUCCAACUUUCAUACUUCACUCCAUCCAGAUGAUUCUUCCGAAACUCGAAACGGCCGUUGAAGAAGAUCUUCCGGAGGCGACCGAGCUGGCACGACUGGCUGAAACACUCAUCAGUAACCUGGAAUCGACAACAUCAAAGGCUAAGUCCACGCGAAGCGGAGAUAUAAUCGAUGAUAAGCUCCAUCAACUGUUUCAGAUUUGUAUUCGUGGUAUCAUCUUGGCCACUGGCAACGUGAAUCUACGUGAGACAUUCUACAACAUCUGCUCGCACUACAUCACGCGGAUCGCAUCUCCUGACCCUGCUCAUGAAAACUUGAGGCGCCACAGCCAGCAGGUCGUUAAGACGGCCGGCCUUGCCCUUAUCGAAGCCACUUGCGACGAUGCAUACUCGGGACAAGAGACAUGUCGUGUAUCUGCGCUUCUUUUGCUCAACCUCCUCGCCACCCUAGACAACCAAGCAGAUUCAAUCUUGGCGGAAUCAAUAUCGCAGUCGAAUUAUCUCGGUCUGUUUUUGGAUGCUAUUCGGGCGCUUCCCAUUGAGCUUCGAAACGCCCAAGCAAACGACACGCCUCUCCUGUUAUCCUUCUACCAAUCACUACUGUCACUACUUCAGCAGCUUUGUCAAACGAAGAAUGGAGCUAUCCAUGUUAUUAAGACCGGACUUUUCGAUGCGGUUCGUGAAUCGCAGCUGUUUGCUGCCGACCCUGAUAUUGGCAUUGAUAUUGAUAAUCCCGAUGCUCUCCGGAAAUACUAUGAUCUUCUCCUUGCCGUCCUCCGAGUAAUCGUCUCUGCCGUGUUCGUGCGAGGACUCCACAACGAGCAGAUGAUCGAGCAAACACGUGCAUUCCUUGCUGAGAACCGGCAAAGCAUGGUCGGUAUCUUCAAGCGCUUUGCUAAAAUCGGGGGUGCUGGUUCUGCAGACCACCACGAAACGCUCAGCGACUUGACUAAAUCGUAUAUGGCGCUGGUAGCUGCUACGGGCUUUUUGGAUUUUGAGGACCAGGAAGUUAUGGAACAAUCCAGUACGUCUAUGUUCUCGUGA